AUGGCCGACAUUCCUGCCAUUCGUGUGACGGAUCCGCAGAGCCGGGAUACCGUACCAGAGAGCAUAGGACCAAACAGGAGCGAAGGAUUCGACCAUGCUGCGGGCAGCAGAAGCGCAUCGCUAAAAGAGGGCAGCAGACCAAACACAUCUGGAGGUCUCCCAAACCCUGGCAAACUGCUCCGUUCAUUGUCGGGGACCUUGUCGAAUCAAGAAGAGCCCGUCACAAACGACAGAGAUCCCUUGUCGCAGCACCUGUUCCGCCGCGUGCGACCAACGUCAUCUGGUGCGAGUGUACCNCCUGAAGAUCGAUCCGACGACAAUGCCAUUUCCAGAUCAAACACUUCUCUGAGUUCUACGGGUCGUGAGAAGAAGUGGGUUUUUGGAUACUACGUGCUGCUGUCGAGAGCGAUUGGACUGACGCCGGCUCAACAGNNGAAGGGCGCCUCAUUCCUUGGACGAUUGCUAGGAAACAAGAAGAAAGAGGCCGACGACAAUGUCAUUGACGACGCUGCAUCCGAGUUCAGUAACCUGCGACCCGAAGGCAUGGAGGCCAACGUCUUCUCCCAGCCCAUUGACAAUAUCGAGUUUAACCCACGACAUCCGCCGCCUCCCGAGUACAUCAGAGUCAGAGCGCGCGAUAAGAAGGAGAAGGACUUUGACCAUUUGUUCUUGGCCCAAGAACUCUUGUCUUCGAACAUCCAUCAUGACGAGACACCGAUAUGGGCGAUGCAGUUCAGCAGGGAUGGGAGAUAUCUUGCUGCGGCAGGACAAGACAAGGUCAUUCGUAUCUGGGAGGUCAUCAAGACACCAGAGGAUCGCAAGUCACAUGCUGAAGAAUCCGACAUUAACCAUCGUCCUCGUUUGAGCGCUCCGGUCUUCCGUCAAGAGCCAGUUAGAGAGUAUGAGGGCCACACAUCGACCAUCCUGGACUUGAGCUGGAGCAAGAACAAUUUCCUUCUUUCCUCGUCUAUGGACAAGAAUGUGCGGUUAUGGCAUGUCAGCAGGGAUGAGUGCCUUUGCACUUUCAAGCACAGUGAUUUUGUCACGUCGAUCGCUUUUCAUCCCAAAGACGAUCGCUUCUUCCUGGCCGGCUCUCUGGACUCAAAGUUGAGAUUGUGGAGUAUUCCUGACAAGACAGUCGCUUACUGGAGCCAGUUGCCAGAUAUGAUUACGGCGGUCGCUUUCACACCGGAUGGAAAAUAUGCAAUGGCUGGGUGUUUUACUGGUCUUUGCAUGUUCUACGAGACUGAAGGGCUCAAGUAUCAGACCCAGAUUCACGCUCGUUCUAGGAACGGCAAGAACGCCAAGGGCAGCAAGAUUACUGGAAUACAGUCAUUCCAUGCUAGUGGAGAGACCAAAGUGCUCAUCAGCAGUAACGACUCUCGGAUACGAUUAUACAACUUCCGGGACAAGAGCAUGGAGAUCAAAUUUAAGGGCAACAUCAACGACAGCAGUCAGAUCCGAGCGGCAAUCAGCGACGAUGCAAAGUACAUUUUCUGCGGCAGCGAAGACCACAAAGUCUACAUCUGGCCCACACAUCCUGGCAGCAGCGACAAGAAGCAAAAGCGGCCGAUGGAGACCUUUGACGCCAGCAACACAGUAGUCACCUGCGUCGCCUUUGCUCCCCCAAAGAGCAAGCAACUGCUAGGCAGAUCAGAAGACCCCAUCUACGAUCUCUGCAACCCACCCCCAGUAAUGCUGAUGAGCUCCGCCGAGCGCACCGGCUCACGACCACCUUCGCGCGCACCCACCGAAGACGGUCUCGACCCAGACACGCAACUCCACAAGCGCCCCGACGAAUCUCCUGCCUAUGUCGCGCGCUCCACCCACGCCACAGGAAACAUCAUCGUGACCGCCGACCUGGCCGGCAGAAUCAAAGUCUUCCGCCAGGACUGCGCGUACAAUAAGCGCAAAACCGACAACUGGGACACCUCUUCAGUGUUUUCGAAGCGCAAGCUCGGGCGCACUGCAAGUAUAGCCACCAAAGGCAGUAGUCGAAGCCUGCGCUCCUCGCAUGGACGCCUUGAAGGCCCUGCAGACAGAAUCCUAAGCUGGCGACAGGGGAUCUCAGGGAAUGGUGGCAACACAACCAAUGGAUCUAUCCGCAGCAACUCGCCGCGAAAAAGCACUGCAUCCACUCAACCCCAACGAUCAGAGUCCAAAACUUCAAUGGCNACCUCCCCUCCCCCAGCACCACCAAAAAGCGAAGACAACGAUGACACCGACCCUCUAUUUCUUCAAGGCGAUCAAAGCAUGCUAUACUGGAAACUGGCCUUGAAUUCUGCUCGCAACCAUCAACAACCUUCCCCACCUUCACCACAAAAAGCCUCUUCUGUCCCUCGCAACACCAAUCUAGCACUCCCACACCCUCUUCAACGCAACCAUACUGCUGUAUCUAAAUUGUCGAUUGAGCAGGACAGUGCUGCGAGCAGUGAUUCAGACGCAGAAAGUUUCAAAGAUGCGGUGCAAGGGCUUGAUGAAGAAAUCCACUGUAAACACUGCGGAGGCGCGGAGUUUCAUGUCAAGAGUUCGAAAAAUGGGGCCACGAAGUUGUGUUGUUCGAAAUGUGGCGCUGCUGCUUGA